GUUCGGACGAAUAACAAUAGCAUUCGGAUAAACACGUUCUACGGAAUGAAUAGUUGAAUCAUUCGAACGAACCGGCGUGUCCCGGUAAUGAAUAAUUAAUUGCUAAUCGAAGGGACAAUCGAAUUGUUCGAUAGUUGUUAAUCGUUACCGCCCAUCGCUAAUAAACACUAUCGGACGGUUUGGACCGCGGGUCUUGGAACGAGACGGUGCGAACCGUCCAAUAUUUCGGAUCAAAUGGGCUUUUAACGGGUGUCUCCACUGUCGAAUGGUUCGGAUUAGCUAGUGCGCAAUAAUGCGCUAGGCGAUCGGCCGUAACUGGGUUACCGAGAGGCGCGAUUAUAAUACACGGCCGGGUAAUUAAGUAAUCACAGUGUGCGUACUGCAACACGGUUCAGAACAAUUGUGUAAUACGCGAAACAUAAAAUAUCUCGGACCGCGGUGAGCAGGACCAAUUUUGACGCGCGUCGCGCGAUCCGCGUAUCCACGGAUCUACGCGAAUAUCCGGACACACUAUCGGAAAUGCCGAACAAGCCGAAUAAUCGAAUAGUUUUCGACUUGGGCAUCGUAUUGUUUUUCCGUCACCGAACGGUUUCGCGGCCAUCGAACCGGUUCGGUUGGGUCUGACGGACAAUUGAGCCGGUUCCGCGAGAGUUUAUAAUAUUGCCGUUGUUCGCUUUUGUUUUUCGUUUCGUCCAGACGUUCGGCGUUGCCGGUACUGGUCGUGUCGCAGCGGUAUUUGCUGGGCGGUGCCUGUGAGUAUCUGAAUACAACACGAAAUUUUAAUUUUCGGCUGGCCGUUUCGCGGUUUUUCGUUAACCUGUCCCGAUAACGUUUGACAAUUAAAUUUUUAAAUUUUAAAACUGUUUUCGUUUUACACAUUUGCCGUUUGCCACCCGCCACCCGCCACCCGCCACCUAUAGCUUAUCGCCACCCGGUUUAAUUGUUUUUAUUUUAUCAAUCAAAUUUGAAUAAAUCAAUACAUCUGGUUUGGAUUUUUUUUUUCUUUUCAGUUAUUUCUAUCUUUAAUUAAUUAAUUCAUUAAUUAAUUGAUUAAGUUUGUACAUUUAUAAUACGGUUUGUUUGAUAUUCUAAGGAAUUCUGAUUAUUUUGCAUUUCGUUCAAUUCAUUUUACUAUGAUAUUUUGUUUUUCCCGAUGAACAAUUCGUUUUGGUUUUAUGUUAUUUCAACUUCGAUUGGGAUUGGAAUGAAUUGUAAUGUUGUUAAAACUAUCUGAUUCUUUACACUUUUACAGUUAAGAUAUAAUUGCUGGAAGAUUUUUUUGUGUUUAUUUAAUUUCAUAUUUAUAUGAAAUGGUUUACAAUAGAACAAAGAAGCAAAUAAAAUACAUUUUUUAUGCUUAAGGUAAUCACAUUUAUAAAAUAAGUAAUCCUGUUGUAAUAAACCAACAUUUUAUUUUUGUAUACAUUUAGAUUGUUGAUAUUUCAAUCGAAGUACGUACUAAACUGAUCAUGGAAAAAAUUGAAAAAAACCAAUCAACUAAAACUUGGGAUGCAAUACCAGAGAUUGGCCAAUACAAUGUCAGAUACGAAGGUAAUUUAUUGAUGUUUAUUCCCUACCGAAUUACCGAAUUUUAGUAAAAAAAAUGUAUCAUUUAAUUUAUUGAUAUUUAAUAACUGUUUUACUUAGUUUUAAUAGAUAAAUACCAACCAAAUCAAAUCAAAUCUUUUUUUCAUUAAUUUAAGUCGCAAAAACAUUUCAAAAAUAAAAUAUUUAGCGGAAAUGAGUACCCACUUUCUUUAAGCAAAUACUUUUGUUGAAGGCAGAGAGCACAUACAUAAAAUAUAGCUUAGAUAACGAUAGUAUAAAUGUACUUAUUCCUUAUCCUAUUUUUUUCUUGUCACUACUCAUUGUCUGAAGCAUUACUACCACCCAACACUCUGAACCAUACAGCAUAGUCAAUCUCAUCACACUUCUGUCGAACUUUAAUUUAAUUCUCAUUGUAAUUCUCUUGUCACAUACACCUAUUGUUUCUAAUCUCUCCAUUUUAUUCAACCACACUUAAUCCUAUGUAUCAAAUCUUCUUCACUGUUCAUUUGUACAUAGAUCCUGUUCUUAGAGUUUUUAGUACAUACUAAGAACUCUUAAUCUCUUCUAUUAUGUCACUGCUUAUUGUCAUAAUUUAGUGUUGACCUUUUCUUCCAAACUAGAAUUGCAAACCUUUUAUUUGCAAAAUACUGAUUCCUUGCCUAAAAUAAAAGGACAUCAUUUUGUAUGGAAUUUUAUUUCAAUAUUUACAUUUUUACAUUUAAAAGGUAUUCAUACAGGUGAUUUUAAAAUAAUAAUAAAUUAAUAUAAUAAUUAUAAAGUUAUAUUAAAGCAUAUUUAGAGGUAGGUAAAUUCUUUGUGGUAAAUUUUCCACUGGCAUCACCCAGCUGCUUAACACCAAUUAAUUUGAUGGGCAGUCUCCUAACCUGUACUCUGAGUUUGGUGCCGUUGUGUAAAUGUUAAAGUGAAUUCCUUUCCUCUACAGAAACAAUACCAUAUACCUACCAAAAUCACCUAUAUGGAGUUCUAUUCUGCCUCCGUGUAUAUUAGGUGUAUAUUAGCCAAAUCGAGUGUUUAAAUAAUAAUAAACUAUACUGUAAACAUUUUAGUUUAUAUAAUUAAAUUCAUUAUUUGUUUCUUUAAUCUAUCAAUUUAUCAUUUGUAAAUCAAAAAAUACAAGUUGAAUUCAGUUUUAAAUAUAAAUUUAUAUGAGAAAACACAAUGUUAUUAGUAAUAUAAUACUCAAUAAUAUUAAAAAUUGUUUCUAUGUACCUAAAUUUAACAGUAAUUUAUAAUAAUUAUUUGUAUUACAAUUUAUGCUAUUGUAUUUUAGAAUAUACAUUAAAGGAUCCAAACAUUGUCAAUAAAUUAUCACAGGAUAAAAGACCAUUUUUGGCAUAUGGUAAUUGUUUACUUAAAUUUAAAUAUAUAUGGUUUUACAUAGAAUAUUUUAAUUUUUUUUAAGGUGAAGGACCAAUGAUUGACUGUGAAUUUGAUGAUGAUAGUUUAACACCAGAUUAUUUAAGUAAAAAAAAUGAUUUUUAAAUUACAAAACUUAAAUUUCUUAAUAAAUAACUUAUUUAAUUAAUUUUUAGGUUAUAAAUUACCAAUAGAUUUUACAGACACAAACAUUUAAUCUAGGUAAUCUUACAAAAUAAUACUAAACUUUGCAGAGAUGGAAUUAUUGGUUCCUUGAUGUCAAUCAUCACUUAUCAGUUAUCACUGUUAUCUGCAACAACCUAUGUUUAUUGGAACUUGACAGGGAUUUAGACACUAUAGUAUCUAUAUAUAUAUCUGUGGUACUUGAUUGCCUAUUUGAAUGGAUCAAGAGGUGACCAGAAUAAUCAGAUUAGCAAUUAAUUGUAUAUAUUUUUCGAGGAAUAUGGGAAUACAUAGGAUUUCUAAUCUGAUAGAUUAGCUAAUGAGAAACUCACGAUAUAAUAUUCUGAUGUACAAGAUAUGUUGUCAAUGCCGUAUAUUUUUGAACAUUAUCAUUUUAAAAUACAUUGCAUUUAAAAAUAGAAUUUGUUAUAAGUUUAUGAUUUUGACAUUCUUAUUAUAAAUAUAAAAAAAUUGUUUGAAAAAACUGGACUAACCUUAUUAUAGUAGGUAUAAUAUAAUUUAAUAAUGUGCUGUGUGAGUAUCUAUGGUAACAUGGAUGAAAAAAAGUAUGACACAUUAGAAAACUUAGUCCACCGGACUAUCCAACCUAUUUUCUUUUGUUUGAUAUACUGAUACAGACAAAGUAAUAUGGGAAUAAAAAUUGGCACAGGAAACGCCAGGCACAGUAUAAAAUUUAUUUUUUCUUUAUCAUUUAGACAAAACAUUUGUGUCUAGUUAGGUACUGUGACUUAUUAUGUUACAGUAUAUUUAAAUUAAUUUUAAGACUGGGAUAAAAUUGGAAUGAGUAUAUAAUACUACUAAUUUAAUUAAAUAAAAAAUGUAUUUAUAAAGUACCUAUGUACUGAAAAUGAUACCUACUGUAUUUACUCGUAGUAAUCGUAUAUUUAUUUGAAGGAAACUGAUUUUAAUUUCAAUUUGAAAAUACUAAUUUAUAUUUGUUGCAUUGGGUCACAUUGUGGAAUCAUGGAGUAAGAGACUUUUCGAACAAGAAACUAAUGGUAUAUAAUAUAGAGCGACCAAAGCCAUGGGAUAGUUAGAUGAACUUGAUUCGGAUUUGCACUUUGUUAUUAUAAUUGUUUUACAUAUCUAUUUGUACGCUGAUAUUUAUAUUAAUAACUAUUUAUAAUUUGUUUUAUUAUUUCUAUCUUGUAUGAAUUACUGAAAUUAUGUGUUCGUGUAAUAUGUGUUAAUCAAUAACAGGGGCAUCUUGUGCUACCUUACAAUUGUACAC